AUGGAGCAAGACGAGGUCCUUCAGAGGGUCUUGGAGGAGGGGGGCCGAGAUUACUACUCCUAUUACUCCCCUUCCUCUUCCACUGCUAACCCUCCUCCCCCGUCUCCGACCGCCGAAUCCACCUCCGUCCCCUCCACCGCCACCUCCUCCUCCUCCUCCAUUCUUCAAUCUCUUCCUCUCCAUGUGGUAGGCGUAAAAGCACCAUCCUCUUCAUCUUUGAUUUCUUCACCGCUAUUGUCGCCUGAUUAUUCACGUCUUCUUUUCUGGAUCGGUGCGCAGUCGUUCGAUCACGGCUACUACCUGUUGGUUAAAGCCAUUCAAGAGCUUCGCGAGAAGAAAGCCGGCCAAAUUGUCACCGUCGGGAUCGGCGGCCCCAGCGGCUCCGGUAAAACUAGCUUGUCAGAGAAGGUAGCGUCUGUCCUUGGCUGUGUGGUUAUUUCGAUGGAGGACUAUCGGACAGGUGUUGAUGAUGCAAACGACGUAAUAGACUCGAUAGAUUUUGAUGCUCUUGUCCGCAACCUCCAGGACCUGGUAAAGGGAAAGGAUACCCUGAUGCCAUUGCUUGAUUUUCAAGAGAAGAAAUGCACUGGUUGGAAGCAAUUGAAGAUUUCAUCUUCUGGAGUUGUGAUUGUUGAUGGUGCUUAUGCGCUACAUUCAACAUUACGAUCUUUGCUUGAUAUCAGAGUUGCUGUAGUUGGUGGCGUUCAUUUUAGCUUGCUGUCAAAAGUUCGACAAGACAUUGGGGACUCUUGUUCUUUGGAUUACCUCAUAGAUAGUAUAUUUCCUUUAUUUAGGAAGCAUAUCGAGCCAGAUCUCCAUCAUGCGCAGUCACCGGAAGGGAAGAUAAUAUACUCGUUUGAUAGGACUGAAGCAGAAACUGAGAACUUUAUCGAGAUGUACCUUAGGCCACCUUUUGCUAGUGAAGAAGCAAGAAUAAAUGAUUGGAUUAAAGUCCGACAAUGUGGAAUAAGAUACUAUUUGUCACUUGGGGAUCAGAGAAUUGUUGACAAGAAUUUUAUUAUACGGCCCAAAGCUGAAUUUGAGGUUGGACGAACAACGCUAGGUGGACUGCUGGCUUUGGGCUACAAUGUUGUUGUUAGCUACAAGCGUGCUUGUACCUCCGUCAACAAAGAUCAGUUGUUGAUUGCCGUAGAGAGCAUUGACACACUCAAUAAGUCAUUUUUGGUCCUGAAGGGUACAAGCAGGAAAGUUUUUAUUUAG